AUGAGAUUUGCGAACUAUUUUAAUUUACAAAUUAAAGAUACGUUCAGACCCUCACUCACUCACUGUCCAAACCUCGCCCUCUCACCUCUCCUCUUCUGGUACCUGCAUGAGCCUCACCCCCUCGCUCAUGUGCCUCCACCUCGACGACGAGUGGUUCACGUCGCUAGUGCAAAGUUUGAGGUUCGACACAGUUUAUUGCUCGCGGUGCUGUUAAGGUUCACGAAGGACCCUUUCUCACAGGUGCGAGCCUCAGCGCUGGAAGGGCUUGUUGGUUUCUACAAGUGCGGCAGAGUCGAGAGACAUCAUGUUCUUGUUGGCAAAACCCUCGUCUCUCGUACCCAGGGAACAAAGGUCAUGCUGAACUCAUUUACUCGCGAGCUCAACUUGUUAAUCCGAAAAUUGAGUUGAGCUAUAGAGGCAUAUUUCAUUGUCAUCAUUUUUCUCCUACUGAAAAACUGAAUCUUGUGAUGUGUAAGUGUGAAAGUUACUGAACUUGAUAGGUAAAUGCUUCAAUCCUCUGCUUACUUUUCAAGAAAGUAAGAAGGGGAAAAGGUUUUGUAAGCUUUCCUUGCUCCUUUAAGUUGAUAUAGGAAAAGUAGGUUCGAUUAUUUCAUGUUCUUGAAUUUAUUUUGGUAUCAUUGGACAAUUUACUUCUA